GCUCAGCUCGAAACAUCGGUGGAAGUUUCCCGCAGACUACUGGAUAUUUGUCACCAUGAGGCAGCUUAUCGCAGGAAUUUUUCUCGUGGCCUUUCUCGCUAUUACAGCGAAUGCACAAACACUUGGAGAGGAAGACUCAAGCGUUGAUGUAGUGUUCGAGAGCGCGGCUCAAGAGGCCGUUCAUCUGAGUGAAAUUCUUCGCGACGUGGCGCAGACACUUGCUGACGACGAAGAUCUGAACUCUGAGACCAAUGAAUACUUUCUUCGUGCUAUUUGGAACAAAACAAUGGAAGCCGUGAAAAACGCCACAGAGAAGAUGAAGCAUUCUGUAAAAGGAGCAUACAAAGAAGCCAAGGAGCACCUCAAGAAAGCUGCCAUGGAAGCCCAGCAGAAGCUAAAGGAGAAGGCCGCUGAGAUUAUGUCUAAGUUGUUGAGCAAGGUUGCAGGUGACUAUGCCCUGACUGAUGCUCAAAGUGGGUUUACCUUUGUGAAGAAACUCAUUGACCUCGUCAAGGCAGCAGCCGAGCGACUUCACAUGGUGGGCAAGGCGUUGGAAAGCCUUCCGAAAUAAGUAUAAUAAAACUGCGAAGGAACGUAUUCUCUUCAAACAAA